CUGGGGCCAGUAUAAAAGAGGUGUGGAGGAGUGUGAAGGAUUCCGGAAACUCAGAGGCCAUCAGGGAAACAGGCACACACACAGGUGCAGGUGGCCAUGGCAGCCUGGACCCUAUGCAUGGUCCUGGUGCUGGCAGCACUGGAAGGCGCAGCGAGUGAGAGCCGCUAUGAGAAGUUCCUGCGGCAGCACGUGGACUACCCCCAGACACCCACGCUGGCCGCUCACCGCUACUGCGAGACCAUGCUGGCACGCCGGCGGGUGACAGCCCCAGGGAGGCCUUGCAAGCCCUCCAACACCUUUGUGCAUGCAUCUGCUGAGGAGCUGGUGGCUGCCUGCACCCAGGAACCUGAUGAAACAGGGUUCCACAGCACCCCCACAGCCAUGACCCUCACAGCCUGCCGCGUACGGGGUGGCAACACCCGCCCCCCUUGUGCCUACCGGGCCAAGCAGGUCCAGCACCACGUGCGUGUCUCCUGCCUUAAUGGGCUGCCCGUGCACCUUGCCGGCACCUACCCACCCCCUCAGUGAGGUUGGACAGGAAUGUGGAUUCUUCCUCCCAGUGGGGUUUCCAUUACAAUCUGCAAUAAAGGAGGUGCCGAAG